AUGGAGAGAAAAUCAUUCUUAGAUCAAGAAGCUCCUGCUAAUUAUGUUGCUGGUUCAGCUAGAGGGGCAAUUGGUUUUAGUACUAGUACAAAUGAUACGUUCAACAAGGGAGUGGCAAUUUUAGAAAAUGAAGAAGAAGAAGAAGAAGAAGAAGAUCAAGAAGAAGUUGCAGAAAAUAGAUUCACAUAUUCCAAGAAGAAACAAGAUGAAGAAGAUGUAGAAGCAGAUUUAAUCUAUCAACAAAUAGAAGAUAAAUUAUCAGCAAAGAGAAAACAACCAACAAUAAAUAAUCCAAAUAUUAACCUACCCACUCAAACCAAAUUUCAGGAUCUCAAACGUGAAUUGGCUAGUUUGACAGAAGAUGAAUGGUCAAUGAUUCCUGAACCAGGAGACAUGACAAGAAGAAACAAAAGACAAAGAAUAUUAGAACAACAAUCACAAAGAAGUUACGCCUUACCAGAUUCAAUAGUAUCCAAUCUCGGAAACCCCUUAUCUAACUUAGAUUCUUAUCUUCCAAAAACUAGUCUAGAUCAAUCAACGCAGGAUCAAAUUUUAUCCAUGUCGGGCUCAGAACAAGACCUUAAAAUAGGAGAUUUAAAAAAAGGUAGGGUUAUAUUUUCAAGUCUUAGAAAAAGUGAACCAUUUAAAGCAUCUUCAUAUAUCUCAUCAGCUAAACUUGAAGAAUCAUAUGGUCAUCUUAACCUAGCGCGAAGAUAUGUUCAAGAAGGAUGUGAUAAAAUCCCCCGUAAUGAAGAAUUAUGGCUUGAAAAUAUUAGAUUAAAUGAAUCUGAUCGAACCUUGACGGCAAAAUUAAUAAAACAGGCAUUGAAAUAUAAUAAAUUAUCGGAAAAGUUAUGGUUAAAAUCAUUCGAAUUUGAAUUGGAUCCAAUAAGUAAGAAAAAAGUAUUAAUGAAAGGACUUGAGGAAUUACCAGAUAGUGUUGAUCUAUGGAGACAUUUAAUUGAAUUAGAAAAAGAUUCAGAAUUAGUUAGGAAAUUAUUAUUGAAAGCUGUUGAUUUAUGUAAUCAUUGGGAAUUCUGGACCGCUUUAAUUAAUUUAUCUUCUUAUAAUGAAUCAAAAAAAUUGUUGAAUAAAGUUCGAAAUUUGUUAAUCGGAGAUUUAAGAGUAUGGGUUUUAGGAAGUAAGGUAGAAGAACGUGAAAAUCCAAACAUAAUCCAAUCUAAACUAGAUAAAUUAAUCACAAAGGGAUUAAAAGAAUGUAAUGAAAUUGACAAAUCUCAAAUUUUUAAAUUUUCAAUUGAGGCAAAUGAUGAAGGGUUCAGUAAGACCAGUGUUGCAAUAUUACAUGGAUAUUUGUCAAAUAAUAAAAACAUAGAUGGUAUAAUUUCAGAUAUUGAUUCCCAACCAACUUAUAUUUCAAAUAUUAUGCUUAAUUAUAUCAUUGAAACGAAGAAUGAUUUAAAUGUAUGGAAUAAAUUGUUCACCAUAUGCAAGGAUGCCGAAAACUAUGACAAGUUAUUCGAAUAUUAUCAAAAGGCAAUAAAGUUAAAUCCUAGUGAUGUUACAUUGAAUCUAAUGUACGCAAAGGAUAUCUGGCUACUAGGUCAUCAAAUAGAUAAAUCAAGAGAAAUUUUGAACAAUAUAGAAUCAAAACAACCCAAGAAUAAAUCAAUCAAAUUUGCAAAAUUAAACCUAGAAUGGCUGACAAAAAACUACACUAAGGCACAAGGAUACGCUGAACAUCUAACUAUCAAUUAUCCGAAUUUAUCAGCUGGUAUAUGGUAUAAAUACAUUCACAUAUUACGAUGUCUUGAAAUGCCAUUGGAUACAAUUCUCCAAGUUUCUUAUUCUGCACUUGAACAAUUUAAAUUUAAUUGGAAAUUAGAAUUACAAAGACUACAAAUCCUCAAAGAAUCAAAUUCAGAUGAUUUUGAUAAAUAUGCCAAUUCAGCAACGAUUACAAAUGCCACUUGUUCAGAUAUUUAUAUUGAAUAUUCAAGAUACUAUAGUCAUAAUCCAAUUAAAGCUAGAUCAAUAUUAGAAAAAGGAUUAAUUCAAAUUCCAAAAUCAAUACCACUAAUAAUUGAAAAAAUUAAAUUUGAGUUAAAAUGUAACGAUUAUUCAAAUGCGAAGAGUUUAAUCAAUAAAUAUAUCAAAUUGCAUCCUGAUUGUGAUAAAUUAUGGAUUUUGAAUCUUAAAAUGAGUAAUAAAUCACAAAGGAAAACAUUAUUUACCGAUGCAUUAAAAAAUACAAAUAAUUCCCCAAUUAUACUAAUGUUCAUUGGUAGUUCAUUUUGGAAAGAUGGUAAGUUUGAAAAGGCGAGAAGUUGGUUCGAUAAAGCUUUGGAGAAUGAUGAUAGUAAUGGUGAUAUUUGGGCUUGGAUUUAUAAUUAUAUUAAAAAAUUUGAAAGUAUUGAUGAUUUAAAAGCAUUUGUUUUAAAAUUUGAGAAUAAGUAUAGAUUUGAUAAAGUGAAUUCUGGGGACGUGUUUUUGAAAUUUAAAAAGGGAGUUAAGUAUUUUGAUAAAUCUGCUAGAGAAUUGUUGGAAUUAACUUCUGAUUAUUUAUUAAGUGGUAAUUUCUAG